AUGGCGAACGUAAGCAAUUCUACCGUGACAUACGUCGAGCUGAAGCACUCGCUCGUGCCCAAGAAGUGGGGCGAGGCGGUUCGGGUCAUCAACAUGACAGAGUGCAAGGAGGUCGGCCUCUCGCUGGCGCACGCCUUUGCGGCGGACGACCUGUCCUACUACCUGCUCAACUCGGAGGACAUGGACAACUUGUCGCAGGAGGAGAAGUGGCGGCUGCACGUCGAUAUCUUCAAUUAUCUCGUCGCCGCCCAUUGCCUCCGCGGGGAGGUCCACGUCAUCGGUCCCGAGUAUGAGGGGGUUGCCCUCUGGAUGCCGCCGGGCUGCGACAUGGACGACUGGUGGACCACGCUUCGGAGCGGCAUGUGGCGCCUCUACUUCCAGCUUUCCGCCGAGGGCAGGGCGCGCUACUACAAUGAGCUCAUGCCGCUCCUGCACGACACCAAGUUGGAGGUCCUCGGCGAGCGAGACAGCAAUGCCUACUACCUCGUGUAUCUGGGAACUAAACCCCAUGCCCGUGGUCGUGGCUAUGCCCGCAGGCUCCUCCAGACCAUGAUUGAGAGAGCUGAUGCAGAGAACAGGCCUGUUUACCUUGAGUCGAGUUCCCUGGCCAACAACGCCUACUACGAAAAGUUUGGCUUCGUGGUUAAGAAGGAGAUCUUCCUCAAGCGUGGACCUGCGCCGGUCCAGCUGUCGAUUAUGGUCCGUGAGCCUCAGCCCGCCCCCUCCAAGUUUGCUAACAGCGCCCCCGCCCCCAUCAAUGGCCUCAAGUCUAAGGCGACCGCCGCCAUCAAGAUGGUGUAG